AGCAGCAAGACCUCAUGCUGAAUGGAGAGAUGUCCAACUUUGUGAAAGAGCAACUGGGGAACAGAUUUAUGCAAACUGCGUCUGCCUUGUAAAAAGAAACCGGAGAGACUGCACCAGAAUUAAACCUUGGGCUAUUUAAUAAGAUGAAACCAACGUUGUUUUGCUCUUUUUCAAGUGAUUCCGACCACACUAACACCAGAAAAUGUAUCAUGUGGAGGCAGUGCUGAUAUUCACUACAAGACAGACCUGAGCCCAGCCACAGUACUUUAAUGGUUGGAACUGCCCGCCCCAACCUACAUUACUGCCCUCGCAGACACAGCCUGAUGAUCACUGGUGCCAUGGGAGCGGUGCGAGUCAACCGAUACAGCAUUGUAUCCACAAAUGAAGAUGCCCUGAAGAUCUCCACCCUGGGACUCCACAAUGGCCAUGGGCCCUUGUCACAGCAGUCACUAGCAGGGGCCCGCUUGGGUGUUGAAGGAGGAGGAGGAGGAGGAGGAGGUGAGUGUCCAAGUGAGGAAGGAAGAGGGACAUUAUCCCUGCGGGUGAACAGUGAGCCUGUUCUCCACAACGGUCGUCGUACUUCCCCUUCAUGUCGCUUGGGUCUGGAUCUCGGCAUUGGCCGCCUGCGCAGCCGCUUUGUGAAGAAGAAUGGCCAGUGCAACGUGGUGUUCAAUAACAUGGAAGACAAGCCAAGACGCUACCUGGCUGACAUCUUCACCACCUGUGUGGACAUCCGCUGGCGUUACAUGCUGCUCAUCUUCACCACCACCUUCCUUCUCUCCUGGCUGGUGUUUGGCCUCGUCUUCUGGGGAGUGGCUCUGGCCCAUGGUGAUUUUGACCUCCGAGGCCCACUUGGGCAAGCGGAGACUCUAGGUGUCGUAGAAGGCAGGAAUGACUGGCGGCCAUGUAUUCUCCAUGUCCAAGGCUUUAUUGGAGCAUUCCUCUUCUCUAUAGAGACCCAGACUACCAUUGGAUAUGGGUUCCGGUGUGUCACUGAAGAGUGUCCAGUCGCUGUGGUGACUGUGGUGGUGCAGUCCAUCGUCGGCUGCAUUAUCGACUCAUUCAUGAUAGGUACCAUCAUGGCAAAGAUGGUGCGGCCCAAAAAGCGUGCACAGACUUUGCUGUUUUCGCAUCACGCCGUCAUCGCACUGCGUGAUGGCAAAUUGUGCCUCAUGUGGCGCCUGGGAAACAUGCGCAAGAGCCACAUCGUAGAGGCCCAUGUUCGUGCACAGCUCAUUCGGCCACAUGUGACGCUUGAGGGCGAGUAUCUACCUUUAGAACAAACAGACAUUGAUGUUGGUUAUGACGAUGGGCUGGAUCGGCUUUUUCUGGUGUCACCGCUUGUGGUGGUCCACGAAAUCAAUGAGAGCAGUCCUCUGUAUAACCUGAGCCGCACUGACCUGCAGAGCGAAGACUUUGAGAUCGUGGUGAUCCUGGAGGGGAUGGUGGAGGCCACAGCCAUGACGACUCAGGCCCGUAGCUCCUAUUUGGCCAAGGAGAUCUUGUGGGGUCACCGCUUCGAGCCCUUGGUCUUUGAGAAGGGGGACCGCUACCAUGUGGACUAUUCUCGCUUCCAUAAGACCUACGAAGUGCCAUCCACACCUCAGUGCAGUGCCAGGGAGCUGAGCCAGAUGGGGAGUCAUGGAGGGCAGUCUUCAUGUUCCACCUCCACUUACUCCCGGUCUCCGUCACCAUUUGCCCCACGGGCGUCCCGCCACCUUCUGGCGCCACACUCCCCCAGUGCAUUCUGCUAUGAGAAUGAGGUAGCCCUGUGCUGCCGGGAGGAGGAAGAAGAAGAGGAUGCGAAGGAGGAGACACAAAGCCUCGGUGGCAUAGACGAGAGAGAGGGACAGAAGAGAGAUGACGUUCAAAUGGGAUUCAAGGAGAGGUUUGUGGAGGAGCAGACAGUGGAGAUGCUGUGUGUUCUGGACAUAGAGAGUCAAAUUAACUUUAACAGACUACAGCCAGCCGUACCAUCAUACAUCAGCAGGGAGUCAGGAGUUUAAAGCCAAUCAAUGGUUAAUUGCUGGAAUGAACAAUGUGCCCUUCCGUUUGUUUGUUUUUUCUUUGUCUGUGACUGUGUGCAUCCAACCAAAGUACUGGGAUAGUGUAAAAAUAGAAUCAUAAUGGAUGCAAUCUAAAUUGUAAGUUUGGUAAAAGAGAACAAAAUCUACACAGCUUUAGCUCAUAAUUUGGUUUAAGGCAUUGUGAACUUGUGCCAUGCAUCAGCUGCCUAUACAGCAUACAAUUCAUUUUCUUUGAAAACAGCUCUCUGGGUUCUUUGAAAUCAAGGUGGUUUGAAAGACAUUGAUUUGAUUUAUUUUGUGUGGAAUUAUGUAUGAUCUACAGUGAUGUUUUGUUUUGGAUUUCCAUUUAGUCUUUUUGUAGAUAUGAUGUGCUUUGUUUUAUUGUCAAAAUGGUCACUUUAACUCAAAUGUAUAUAUCAUAUAUGUUAUGGAAGAGAAAGAUCUUCACUUUCUUUAAAAGAAACAUGGCACAAAAUGCUUUUUGAGUGAAUGGGUGUUGCUGACAAUGCGCACAAUUUAUUUUCCAGUGUAAAAAUAAAUAAGCGAUUUCUGUACUUACGGCCGCUCUGUCUUCCUGUUUUAGGUCUGUCAUUGUUCAUGUUUGAUUAAUGAGCUCAUUUCAGCAUCCAUUAUAUCCCAUAUUAAGAUUGGAAAGAAAAUAAUGUCAAAGCCAGAACUAUGAAACAGCACUUAAAAAGUUUUUUUUCAUACUUUUAUCAAUAGAGAUAGACACUUUGUAAGAAUAUGUUGUUUUGUAUGAAUAAAGCACCUUGU